AUGGGGCUGGGGGACAGCCCGCAGCCCGGGAGACGAGGCCCAUGGGAAGAGCAGGAAGGUGCAAACGCACCAGGUGUGCCCUGGGGCAACAAGGAGACCAAGACCCUCCUGGCCAUCCUCUGGUACACUCAAUUUCCUGAUGAACGGACUCAUAAGCACAGCCAGACCUACAGGGCGGCGGCAGGACGUAUCCGGGAUCAGGGCGUUCUGUGGGCCCCAGAGCUGUCCUGUGCCGAGUUCAACAGCCUGCGGUCGAGGUGCUGGGAGGUGGGGGCGGGCCGUGUGCCGGAGCCUUGUGUCCUUCAUGAGGCAGUGGGUGCCCGGUCAAGUUCCUGGGCCUCUGCACCCAAGGUGGCGAGCCGUGCUGUUCCCGGUCACGAGGGAAGGGCUGUGGAGUCCGGAGAGAUGAGUCGGCAGAACAGGAAGCACAUAGCGAUCGGAGAAGGGGCAUGGGCGGACGGCGUGGCCGGGGAUGAAGGGGACUUCCAGGAAACUGGCCGGGAAGGUAGGAGACGGGACCUGCUGGUCUUGUUCCCACACAGAAUGGGUAGGACUCUUGGCUCUGAGAGCCAGGGGACAGGGAAGUCCCCCCAGAGGCUGUCACCCCGCCAUCAAGAGGGCGCUGCCUCCGCUGCUGCGAGCCCACAGCCCCACAGACGGCCCAGUACAGGCCAGAGAGGCUGGUACUCAGCGUUGCGGCUUUUCCCCAUGCCCUCUGCAGCCCAGGUCCGCCUCCGCCGGCCUCUCUCACGGAGCACAUCGCAUUUCCCUGUGCAGCUCCCGUCCUCGGCUUCCUCAGACCACUGUGGGCCUCCAGCCCGGACCCUCUCCCCUUCCCUCCUGCUCCAGCAACGCCCUCCUGUCCUGACCCUGGUGUGUGCUAACCUCGCAGUACGCUUCCCCCUCAUUUCCGCUGAGCUCAGGGCAGCCUGUUGCUACUCAGCAGCUGGCGACAAGGCCAUCGACAAUGGAGGAGAGACCAGAGCCAGGAGGGCAAUGUGGAUGUUCUCCAGGGGAACAGGCGGGAGACCCCCGUCCCAGGACAGGAGGAGGCAGCUGACACCCCAGGCCAGGGAGAAGGCCUGUGCCCAUCUCUGAGUUGGGGAAUGUUCUCAGGGGUCUCUGUCGACCCCAGCCAGUCCCCGAACUGGGAAAACAUCUAAGUGCCAGCAGUGUGGGAGAAGCUUUAGCCGAGGUUCCUACCUCAUUCGGCACAGAGUCCACACAGGAGAGGAGCCUCACGAGUGCGGCGAAUGAGGGAAAGGCUUCAGUGAGGGCUCCAAGCUCCCUGCGCACCUAAGGACGUGCACAGUGGAGAGACCCUAUGGCUGUGGAGAAUGUGGGAAAAGCUUCAACCAGAGCUCCAGCCUCAUUGUGCACCAGAGGACCCGCACCGGUGAGAAGCCUCAUCAGUGCACCGUCUGUGGGAAGAGAUGCAACAACAGCUUCAGUGCUCACCGGCGAGUCCACAGCGGGCAGAGCCCCCAGCCCUGUGCAUGUGGGAAAAGCUCCCACAUCCAUGCCCACCAAAAGACUCACACUGGGGAAAAGCCCUACAAGUGCUCUCAGUGUGAGAAAAGCAUCCCCAAGAACCCUGUCCUCACUCCCCCAUCGGGGGCACACAGAGAAGACACACUCACACUCCAAAAAGGGACACAGGUUAUGAGGGCAUAG